AUGACGGCCUCGCUCAUGGUCGCAGGCGCGGGCUCAAGGUCCAGACCGCCAUCACGCCUCGCGAGCUCCUCUCGCACCGCGUCCACCACCUCCUCUGCAUUGACAUCGGCAACGGCGGCGGCAUCAGCGGCAUCACCACCCCAUCUCAGCGACGGACCAUUCGACCCAUACAACUGCAUCACCUCCCGCCUUCCCACCACCGCCUCUGCGGGCGAUGCCGCCCGCACGCCUCGAGACGGCCGCCCGCUGGCCGGGUGGGACGUGGCGGUCAAGGAAAACAUCUGCGUGCUCGGCGCCGCGACGACGUGCUCCAGCCGCAUGCUGAGCGACUACGCGUCCACCUUUGACGCCGCGUGCGUCCACCGCCUCCGCAACGCGGGCGCCACCAUCGCCGCAAAGACCAACUGCGACGAGUUCGGCAUGGGCUCCGAAAACGUGCACUCGUUCCACGGCCCCGUGCGCAACCCGGCCAAGGCGGUCCGCGAUGCCGCACCGCGACCCGAGCCGGCGGCGGCGGCGGCGUGGGAUCUCGAACGCGAGAGGGUGGCGGGUGGCAGUUCUGGAGGCUCGGCGGCGGCUGUCAAGGCUGGGCUGGCGAGAAUAGCCAUCGGCACCGACACGGGCGGUUCGAUCCGACUCCCCGCCGCCUACUGCGGAGUGGUCGGGCUCAAGCCCUCGUACGGCCUCGUCAGCCGUUGGGGUCUGGUCUCGUACGCCGACAGCCUCGACACGGUCGGCGUGUUGGGCAGCGGCAUCGACGACGUCGAGGCCGCAUUCGACGUACUCUCCGCCCCGGACGCGCGCGACCCGACCUGCGUCGACGCAAGCGCCCGAAGACGCGCCGAGGGUGCCGUCGCUGCAGCCCUCGACGUCGCCUCGUCCUCGACGACAAACGGAGGCGGGGUCGUCGAGGGCCUGCGCAUCGGCAUCCCGCGUGAGUACUUCCCGCGCGAGCUGCACCCGCGCGUCCUGGCACCCUUCCGUGCCGCCGUGCACAGGCUGCGCGAGCAGGGCGCCCACAUCGUCUCGGUCAGCCUCCCCACCACGCCCUACGCCCUGAGCGCCUACUACGUCAUCUCGUCGGCCGAGGCCAGCAGCAACCUGGCGCGCUACGACGGCGUCGAGUACGGAUACCGCGCCUCCGCUGUCGAAGGUCAAUCGCCGCAGCAGGAGCAGCAGCAUCCGUACGCGCGAACGCGCAGCCAAGGCUUCGGCGCCGAGGUGCAGCGGCGCAUCCUGCUGGGCACGUAUGCGCUGUCGGCGGACAAGUUUGACAACUACUUUCUCCAGGCCGGUCGCAUCCGGCGCGAGAUCCAGCGCGACUUUGCCACGUCGCUGCGCAUCCCCAGCGUCCUCGGGCACGGCGUUGCGGCCUCGCCGUUGUCGGCGGACAAGGACAAGGACGGCGUCGAUGUGCUCCUCCACCCCUCGGCUGUCGAUACCGCACCUACCCUCGCAUCGGCCCUCGGAUUCGGGCCGAGGGCGGGGACGGCCCAAGAGAGGCAGGACAGGAUCCUCUCGUCGUACGUCCAGGACGUCCUUACCGUCCCCGCCAGCCUGGCAGGGCUACCGGCCAUCAGCCUGCCCGUCGGCGAGGCAGAGGACGACGGCUGGCCCGUCGGCGUCACUGCCACGUCGCAGUGGGGGUGCGAAAAGAUCCUCUUCCGCAUCGGACGCGCGCUGGCGCUGUGA